GAAGAAGAAGAAGCAGUAGAGGAAGAAGAAGAAGAAGAAGAAGAAAGAGCAGUAGAAGAAGAAGAAAGAGCUCGAUUAUCGGAGAAUUAUCUGAAAUAUUUUCUUAUUUUGUGACUCGACGGGAGAUUUCAGGUGAGAUUCACUUUAACUUGAACAUCAAAGUUUGAUUUAUAAAGUCGUUCUUACUCCACGGUCUGAAUUUUGGUGAGUUUAAGUCAAAUAGUAACGCUAGCUCUGAGUUAGCCUCACAAGCUAACAGUAGAGGCUAAUGCAGUGAGUGUGUGUGUGGUUCUGCUGAUCCGGACUGUUCUGAUCCAGGUCCGGUUCUUGGGUGGUUCCGGAUCAGAGAUUCGGUUCCGAGUGAUGGUUCUGGUUCUGGUCCUGAUGGUUCUGGUUCUUGUCUCCUCAGCAGGUCUUCAUGAUGUCCGGUGGUCCACCGGUCCGGGUCAGUAUCGAGUCCUCCUGUGAGAAGCAGGUCCAGGAAGUGGCUUUGGAUGGAACCGAGACCUACGUCCCCCCCCUGUCCAUGUCCCAGAACCUGUCCAAGCUGGCCCAGAGGAUCGACUUCAGCCAGGAGUCCGAUUCUGAGGAGGACGGAACCGAGGGGGAACCGCGGGACCGAGACUGGGUCAAACCGGACCCUGAGGAAGAGGAAGGUAGGACCAGGAGAGAACCGGACCUCCUUCAGGUCCAGACGGUUCUUCUUAAAAACCUCAUAGACCUGGUUCUGGUCCAACACUCUGAAGACCCAGAUCUGGUUCUGGGACAGUGAACGGGUCUGUACUGAAGAACUGGACCACGUGGUUCUGUUUUAAAACCAGGAGAGUUCUGGAGAAGUCCACACAGAGGUCCAUCAGAACCGGCUCCUGAACGGUCCAGGUCUGAACGGGUUGUUAAACGUCGGUCCUGCAGAAACUGAGAAGUUCUGGAAGUCCGAUUAGAUCCAAACGACCGUCACUGAAAAUAAAAUUAAUACAAAAAAAAUAAUAAUAAUAAAAAUAAAAAAUAAAUAAAAAUAAAAAUAAUAAUGAUAAUAAUAAAAUAAAAAUAAUAACUGUAUAAUAAAAAUUAUAAUAAUGAAAAUAAUAAAAUAAUAAUACUAAUAAAAAUGAAAAUAAUGAUAACUGUAUGAUAAAAUAAUAAUAAUAAUCAUGAUAAUAAUAAAAAUGAUAAUAAAAAUAAUAAUUAUAAAAAUAAUAAUAAUUAUAAAAAUAAUAAUGAUAAUAAUAACAACAAUAAUAACCAUGACUAACUCUAAGAUCAUUAUAAACUUUAUUUUUACUCAGAGAUGAAAUAACUGAUUUUAAACAAAAUUAAACUUCGUUUAUAUGACAUAUUAAUUAAGUUUAUACAUAUAACGACGUUUAAAACUUAAUAUUAAAUUAAAAUGAAAAUUAACCCAAAGUUCUGAUCCGAUCAGACAGGUUCUGGUUCUGGUUUGUGUCAAACAGAAAUAGAACCCUUUAGACCUUUAAUUGAUUUUGACUUUAAUGACGAUGAAAUCUGAAUUUAUAGAAACUCUUGAUUGUCCUGUUGGACUGAAAACACUCGACCUUUUAGUUUCAUCUCCGAUCUUUAAUCUCUGAUCUUUAUAUUUCUGAUCUUUAAUCUCUGAUCUUUAUGUUUCCGAUCUUUAAUCCCCGAUCUUUAAUCUCUGAUCUUUAAUAUCUGAUCUUAAAUCUCUGAUCUUUAAUCUCUGAUCUUUAUAUUUCCGAUCUUUAAUCUCUGAUCUUUAAUCUCUGAUCUUUAUAUUUCCGAUCUUUAAUCUCCGAUCUUUAAUCUCUGAUCGUAAAUGUCGUCAAUAAUCCGAGAAUCUGUUUCGAUAUCAGGAUGAAGAAUAAACCGGUUCUGGUGAAGACAGACCGUUGAGACGAUCACAGAUCAGAGCUGGAUCAAACUCCUGGAUGAUCGAUGAUCUGUUGGUUUGUUCUGACAGGAACCGUGAAGUUUCAGCCGUCUCUUUGGCCCUGGGACUCGGUGCGGAACAACCUGCGCAGCGCUCUGACGGAGAUGUGCGUCCUCUACGACGUUCUGACCGUGGUGAAGGAGAAGAAGUACAUGGCCCUCGACCCCGUGUCCCAGGACGCCGCGGCCAAUAAGGUCAGCUGUCAGGACACGCCUCCAACACGUUUACUUUUCAGAUCGAUCUCGUUUCUCAUGACGGCUCGUUUCUUCAGACCCCCCAGGUGUUCCAGCUGAUCAGUAAGAAGAAGUCUCUGGGGACGGCGGCGCAGCUCCUCCUGAAAGGAGCCGAGAAACUCAGUAAGUCUGUCGCCGAGAACCAGGAGAACCGAAGACAGAGGGACUUUAACUCGGAGCUGCUGAGACUCCGAUCUCAGUGGAAACUUCGUAAAGUCGGAGACAAGAUCCUGGGAGACCUGAGCUACAGGAGCGCAGGUAAGAAGGUCCCUCACCUGGUCUCUGAUGUUUGAAGGUCCCGUCCCUGACUGUGCCGAUCUCCUGCAGGUUCCCUCUUCCCUCAUCACGGCACCUUUGAGGUGAUCAAGAACACCGACAUCGAUCUGGACAAGAAGAUCCCCGAGGACUACUGUCCCCUCGACGUCCAGAUCCCCAGUGAUCUAGAAGGAUCCGCUUACAUCAAGGUGAGACGGAGGAGAUCUGGAUCUAUGGUAGAUCCUCGUUGUCUAGACCGGGUUCACUCGUCUCGGCUGAUCGAGUUCAGACGAGUUUUUAAGGCGACAGUUUGUGUAGUCGGUCAGGGGUCUUCACAGAGACACGCUGGUCUGUGGUCUUCAGACCACCACAGCAGGGUCAGAGCUGGAGUUGAGGCCCCCCCAGUCAAAGGUCUGGACACGCCCCUGCAUUAAAUUUAGCUCCGAAAGAGACGAACAGAAAAGACUCGAGAAAAGUCCGACGACUCGUCAGGUGUGUGUGUGUGUGUGUGUGUGUGUGUGUGUGUGUCGAUCGCCCCUCCCUCUAAACCCUCCUAUCAUCAUCCAUCAUUUAAGAUUUAAUCAAAAAUAAUUUUCUAUUUUUUUUCUUUUUCACAAACUCUGAACAGGAAGAUUUUUGAAAAGCAGCUUAAGUUUAAAUAACUUAUCAAUAACUUAAUUAUUUUAGUGAUUUUUGUUUUUGUUAAAGUUUCUUUAAAAAAAGGAAAAUAAAGACAUAAAAAACAGAAUCAAAGUCCAGAUUCAGUUUAAGUUCCUGAUCCUGGUUUUAAUUUUUAUCACAGAAAAAGUUUUUUGAUUUUGUUGUUUUUCAUUCAGGAUUAUAAUCUGAGUAAUCUAGAUUAUAAUCUGACUAAUCAGGAUUAUAAUCUGAAUAAUCUGGAUUAUAAUCUGAAUAAUCUGGAUUUUAAACAGGAUUAUAAUCUGAAUAAUCUGGAUUUUAAACAGGAUUAUAAUCUGAAUAAUCUGGAUUUUAAACAGGAUUACAAUCUGAAUAAUCUGGAUUAUAAUCUGAAUAAUCUGGAUUUUAAACAGGAUUAUAAUCUGAAUAAUCUGGAUUAUAAUCUGAAUAAUCUGGAUUUUAAACAGGAUUACAAUCUGAAUAUUCUGGAUUAUAAUCUUGUUUCUGGUUCCGUCUGCAGGUCUCCAUCCAGAAACAGGCUCCUGAUAUCGGAGAUCUGGGAACCGUCAACCUGUUCAGACGAGCGUCCAAAACUAAAGCCGGUGAGCUCCAGGACCUGAUCCGGUCCGAACAGGAUCCUCUGAGCAGCUUUAAAAAAAUCCAGAAUCAAAUUUCUGUUGUUUUUUUUUUCACGUCAUCGACUGGAAUCUGAUUUGACCUUUGACCCCAGAUGGUCCGUUUGUCCUGCACAGGGACUCAGCCGUGGCACGUGAAGCUGGAAGCGGCUCAGAACGUUCUGCUCUGUAAGGAGAUCUUCGCUCAGCUGUCCAGAGAAGCGGUUCAGAUCAAAUCUGUGAUCCCUCACAUCGUGGUGAAGAACCAGAUCAUCUCACAGCCGUUUCCAGGUCAGCCGAGAAAAAACCCGAAGUCUGGGUGAUCGGACCGAGCGUCAGAACCAAAACAUGACAGAGUUUCUGUUUGUUCCUGUUCAGGUCUGCAGCUCUCCAUCUCACUGUGUCACUCCAGCGCAGAGAAGAAGAACCAGCGAGGGUCUCCUGAGAAACCCAAACCAGACGACCAUCUUUACGUUCUGGAACAUAAUCUUCACCAGAUGAUGAGAGAGGUGAAACGGACCUGCAGAUCCGGGUCGAUCAGAAUCAUAAUAAACAUCAACCAGAGAGUCAAUAAACCCAGUUUCAGCUGGUUCUGUUGGGUUCAGUGGACCGGGCCGGCUCACGAAAAAGUCGACAGUACGGAGAAAAUCAUUUCAGUGAAAAAUCGACAAAAACAUAAAAAUAUAAUUAUUAUAAUAAAUGUAAUAAAAACGAACCUGUUUUAGAGGAAAAACUCGGACAGAAGAAUCAAAGAGUUUAAAAAUGAAAAAACUUUUAAAGUUUAUUUUCACAAACUCAAAAAAAAAAACAGAUUUAUGUCCCAAAUGAAGUGGAUCAGGUCUGUGAUAAAAACGAUCAUUGAUUCCUCUGAUCAAUAACGUCACUGAUGAGAGAAACGAACGUUUUUCUGUUUCCUUCACGGUCCGAUCGGGUCAGGUUCUUCUCUGAACUUUGGUGGUUUUUUGUCUCUUUAGUUCCAUAAGCAGCAGCUGAGCUCCGUGGUCAUGCCUCAUCCCGCCAGCGCCCCCUUUGGACACAAACGGCUCCGUCUGGCCGGACCGCUGGCCUUCGAUAAAGCCGAGAUCUCGGGUCUGCAGCAGAGCGAGGGUCUGCUGGAGAAAAUCAUCAAACAGGCCAAACACAUCUUCCUCCGCAGCAGGUGAGUCUAUCAGGGUCCACUGAGUCCCACAGGAACCAGAACCAGACCCACAGGAAGAACCUUUAGAACCUGGUUCUUACUACUGCAGUUCAUUUCUGAGCACAAGGUGGCGCUUCAUUCACAGCAGAAGAACAAAAGAGUUUGGAGAUGAGAGUCAGGUCCAGAGUUCACUGAGCCGAAACGAACAGAACCAGUCGACCCGCUCAGGUGUGGUCCACCCCCCGACCCGCUCAGGUGUGGACCACCCCCCGACCCGCUCAGGUGUGGUCCACCCCCCGACCCGCUCAGGUGUGGUCCACCCCCCGACCCGCUCAGGUGUGGACCACCCCCCGACCCGCCGACCCGCUUUAAAGGUCAUCAGGAGAAAAAAGAUUCAGGAGUUUAUUUAGAAAAUUUAAGAUCAUUAAAAAAAAUAAAAACAGUUUUUAGGAUAAAAGUUAAAAAGACAAACUUCAGAGAGUGUGUGUGUGUGUGUGUGUGUGUGUGUGUGUGUGUGUGUGUGCGCGUGCGCAUCAUUCCAGAACCAGUGCACUGUGGUCUUUGUAGUUCUUCUUUGCUGGAUUGUAGUUUUUCGAGCAGGUUCAGGUCUGAGUCUAGAAACAGAUUCAGGGUCACUUUCAGAUCCUGGUCCAGGUUUCUGGUCCUGAAUCCGUCUUUCUGAUCUCCAGGUCGGCGAGGACCAUCGACAGUCUCGCCAGCCGCAUCGAGGACCCCCAGAUCCAGGCCCACUGGUCCAACAUCAACGACGUGUACGAGUCCAGCGUGAAGGUCCUGAUCACGUCUCAGGGAUACGAGCAGAUCUGCAAGUAAGGGGGGCGGGGGGCGGAGACCUGAGACCUGAGACCUGAGACCUGAGACCUGAGACCUGAGACCUCAGAUCUGAGCGCAGGAUUCAUCCUGCGAUAGGACACUCGUGAGAUUUAUGAAAGGGUUCGUUUCUGACCAAUCCCAGCGUACGUAUGAUCGGGUCAUGAUAAAUGUGGCGGCUGAAAUCGAUCGUCAUUAACAUGUUCACGCCCUUAAAUAUCUGUGGUUCAGAAGCCCCGCCCACUGAGGUCAAACAUGUUAAAUAUUACAAAGAUGUGAAAGUGGACAUCCUCACAUCUGUGGUGGAAACUAACGAGGAUUUUCUCUUUGGAAACUUUCAAACUGGAACUGAAGCAGAAAACUGUGGAUCAGGAUGAUGGUGGAGCUGAACAGGAGCUGCUGUGGAAGAGUGGACGAUGGCUGAAGUUUAAUUAAAUAAUCAAUAAGUUUCUCAUGAUGAUAAAUUAAUAUCUUAUUAAUGCCUCAUCUUUGUUUAUUGCCCUGACAGAGGGAACGCUGAUCCUGUUACUGACAGUUUUUAGUUUUAAUUUGUCGCGUCUUUGUGACGUAGAGCAGACUGAAGAGUCUGAACUAAAGUCAUUAUUAACCUCACCAAACGGUCUGUCGCUGCUCCUGAGGAACAUCUGAUGGACUUUUAUCUCUGAUUAAACAUCAAGAGAACUUUCUAACCUUCUACCUCACAUGUCAGAAUCAUGGAUACGGUCCUGUCUCCUCUCUGCACCUCCUUUGAAGAGUCUCUCCUCGUUAUUGUUCUCCGAUCAUCGUCCUCACGUUAACGAUAUAAAAACUUUAUUUAGUUAAAUUUACGUCUGAAUCUUUAAUGAAAUCUGUCUGAUUGUGCUUCAUGACAGGUUUGAGGUUUGAUUAUCAGUUAUUCUGAGAUCCACAGAGACUCUAACCUUCGUACACGAUGUCAGACCUGUGGUGACAUUUGGUCGUAGCGUACGCUCGUGUGCAGAUCGAAAUGCCGAUCAUCACGUCACAACUUACGUACGUAAGGUAUACGCAAGUUUUCUGCCGUACGCUCGUUUGAUAAAUGUGAUCCGAGUUUUUUAAAGCGGUGACUUUAUUUUCACAUUUACAACAAAAACUGCAAAGUUUCAAAGUUUCAUUAGAGGAGCUCAAGAAACGUUUGUUUUUUUGUUUUUUUGUUUGUUUGUUUGUUUGUUUGUUUGUUUGUUUGUUUGUUUGUUUGUGAUAAUCUUAGAAAAGUGAAGUAAACGUCACAAAGACUCAGUAAAGAGACGGCAGCAGCAGAGUUUCAGACGUCAUGAUCUUUGAAGAAACAGGAUGAAAUGAUCCUGUUUCUGUGACGACGUCAUGAUCUUUGUUUCCUGUGAGGACGAGAAACUCUGAGAUCAACAGAAAUCGUGGAUCUUAAACUCGCUCGCUCAGACGGCGUUCUCUCUCUCGGGGUUUGUGGGUCUCACAGUUGUCCCGCUCUUCUCUGUUCAGGUCCAUCCAGCUGCAGCUGAACAUCGGGGUCGAACAGAUCCGGGUCGUCCACAGAGACGGACGGGUCGUCACGCUCUCUCAUCAGGAGCAGGAGCUGCAGGACUUCCUCCUCUCACAGGUACGAUGACCACACCUCCACCUCUCAUGUCGUCAUCAAAACCAGGUUUACCUGAGCCCCCCUGUCCUCACAGAUGUCCCAGCAUCAAGUCCACGCGGUCCAGCAGCUCGCCAAGGUCAUGGGCUGGCACGUCCUGAGCUUCAGUAACCACGUGGGUCUGGGUCCGGUGGAGAGUAUCGGAAACGCCUCUGCUGUAACCGUCGCUUCUCCCAACGGAGAGCACGCCAUCUCAGGUGAGACGGGCCGGUUUGGGACUGAGACUUGGGGGGGAAGCCGGGUCUUUAUCACCAUGGUAACCGACUUUAAACCCAUAACCUGAUUCACUUUAACGGCGUUAGAAAAGCUUAAAUGUCCGUCCGUCCAGGUCACACGUCAGCUGAUCAAUCUGACAUCCAAUCAGGCGUGGAGUAAACCCACCUGUGAGAACAGCUGAUCAGCUGAUCGAUCUGCCACUUUAUCAUUCGUUGGUAUGUUAAGACAAAAUCAGCCAAUCACAGGGCAGCAUUUCCUGCGUUUGGGCGUGUUGACGUCCAGACGACCAAAGUCUCUGAACAUGGCCGACCCUGACGGACUCCAGAAGACCGGGGCGUUCUCGCUCAAACCUGAUUGGUUGGUUGAUCUUCGGUUUUCUUCAGUCGUCUGGUUCACCAUCAAACCACGAGCACGGCGCUAAUAUGGCGCCCUGUUGACUCAGCAGGAGUCCCGGUUUGCCUUUUCUGUGCGUCCAGCAGCGACUCGGACUCAGGGGUCCAGGUCUGACCCCCCAUGAUCGUUUUUAAUCGCUGAAACAUUUCAGGAGGGUCAGGCGAGGGUUAAAUCCUUCAAACACAAAUGUAGGAAGUCACAUGACUGAGGCGCUCAGCUCCUUCGCUGUAAUCAUGAAGUGGCGACUUGAGCGGAGGCGUGUGAAACGGCGCCACACCCAGAUUCUGAUGUUGAAAACGAGACGGGUUUGAACAAGCUGGAGGAGAAAAGAGAGUCGAGGAUCGACCUCCUCCGUGAACAGACAGACAGUUAUCGAUCACUCUGAACAGGAAGUAGAAUCAUUAUUGAUCGGGUUAUUGAUUUUCUCUCUCUUUGUGUUGACUCAGUGCGAAACGGCCCAGAGAGCGGGUGCAAAGUUCUGGUCCAGUUCCCCCGCAGUCAGACCAAAGAACUCCCGAAGAGCGACGUGAUCCAGGAGACCAAGUGGAACCACCUGAGGGGUCCGUGUAAGGAGGUCCACUGGAGCAAGAUGGAGGGGAGGAACUUUGUCUACAAGAUGGAGCUCCUCAUGGCCGCUCUGACGCCAUGUCCUUAGAGACCUGGGGGCGGGGUCAGAGACGGCGCUCCGUCCGACCGUCAGAGGAAAUCCUCCUAAAGACGUUCAACCACAAACGGACAGAACUUGAGCGGAGGGCCGACUGAACGUUUCCUCCAUCGAACAUCUUCAACAAAUUCAUGAACAGUUUCCAGUUUCAGUCAAAAUUCAGUUUUUUUAGAGAAAAUCAAACAAGAAUAAAAGUUUUUCAAUAAAACGCA